AUGGCUUCAGAUCUAGAGACCAUCUGCAUUGGCUAUGUGCCUGAACACUACCUUACGCCUCUCCACCUGGCGCUGCGCUCCCCAGCCCUGGCUGCUCUCCCAUUCAAGCUCUCUCUGAUUCCCUUCCCCUCUGGAACGGGACACAUGAUCACAUCUCUGCGUGAGAAGGAAAUCGAUGUCGCCAUUGGAUUGACCGAGGGUUGGGUAGCUGGCCUGGCUGGUAAGCAGCAAGCCCAGAAGGACCCCUCGGAGGGCGGCUACAAGGUGAUCGGACACUGGGUCGAUACGCCUUUGCGCUGGGCCAUUGUCACAGGUCGGGAGAGAGAAGAUAUCCACACGGUGGCUGAUCUCAAGGACAAGCGCGUUGGUGUCAGUCGUCUCGGAAGUGGCUCCCACAUCAUGUCUUUCGUCCUCGCUCAGAAGCAAGGCUGGAAGCCUGACUCGCUGUCCACUGUGCCCUUGGGCCCCUUCGCUGCUCUCCGCAAUGGAGUGACCGGAUACGAUUCGGAGCAUCCCGAGCAGGAGCCGAAGCCCACGGCCGAGUUCUUUAUGUGGGAGCACUUCACCACGAAGCCGUAUUUCCAUCCCACUGAAGAGAAGCCUCAUCCUGCCUUGAAGAAGAUCGGUGAGAUCUAUACCCCCUGGCCGUCUUGGAUGAUCGUGGCGUCUACUUCAUCUUUCUCGGAUCUGGAAGCGGAUGGCAAAUUGCAACAGCUGCUCAAGCUUCUGGAUCAGGGCAUUAAGGACUUUGAAGCCGACACUGCUCACGUCGUGAAGCUCUUGGGUACUGGGGAGUUGGGCUGUAACUACGGAGAGGAGGAUGCUAAGGAAUGGCUCAAGGAUGUCAAGUUCACAGAAUCGACUCGGGGUGUGCAGAGGAAGCUUGUUGAGGGUGUGGUGGACGUUCUCAAAGUGGCAGGAGUGAUUGACAACAGCAUGACCAAUGAUGAGGCCGUCGCAAGGGUCAUUGGCAUCCAUCAAUGA